CGAAUAGGACUCUAAACUCUCAUUUAGGAUGAUCAUGUGGAUAUUUAUUAGAACGUACACAUGGCUAGGAAGCAUCGACGCCGAAAUUACGCUUGAAUCCGACGAAGUUAUGACAGCGAAAUGACUUCCUCGAAUUUAAAAGGAUGCCUUCGUGGUUUUUGGUUAGCUCGACGAGCUCUCAUCUGCUUCGUAAAGAGACAUGGUACCACACAGCGGACUGUCUUUCAUCUUGGGACUGCUACCACUUCUGCUGUACACCCCGGCAUCUGUCUAUUCAUUACCAGACCCGGGCUCAGCAGCUGCAGGGGACCUUCCGUUUCAUUUGCAUGCUCGAGCACAGAACAAGAAUGGAUCCACUCCGGUGUAUAAGGAUCCAACGGCAAAUAUCGAAGAUCGUGUCAAGGACCUUUUGUCGCGAAUGACGUUACAAGAGAAGGUCGCGCAAAUAAUACAAGGCGACAUGAAUGGUUGGAUGGAUUUCUCCGACCCACUGGAUGAUACGUUGACGUACAACGCGUCGGGUCUCGUCGAAAUGAUGAGCACAAAAGCCGGGAGCGUCUGGGGUGGUUAUCAAACUCCAUGGGAUAAGUUCGUUUUCGGCGUUGAGGUUGGCCAACGGUAUCUCAUGGAGAAUACUACGCUUGGGAUCCCUGCACUCAUUCAGAGCGAAGGCUUACAUGGUUUCACGAAUAACGGAACAACGUUUCCAUCGCCACUCGGCUUAGCCGCUUCAUUUAAUCCAGACUUGCUCUCCCAAGUUGCUUCUUCUAUAGCCGACGAAGCUGAGGGCCUUGGGGUUUCUCAUAUUUUCGCACCUGUGCUCGACCUAAGUCGCGAGCUGAGAUGGGGCCGUGUUGAAGAAAACUAUGGAGAAGACCCUUUCCUGACUGGGGAGAUGGGUACUGCGUAUGUUACAGGCCUUCAAUCUGGACGAAGACGGAAUGUCAGUGAUACAGCAAUUGCACGCGUGGCGGCGACAUGUAAACACUUCGCGGCAUUUGGAAGUCCACAGGGUGGUUUAAACCUUGCUCCUGUGGAAGGUGGUGAACGUGCACUCCGGUCCAUCUAUCUCCCGCCGUUUGAGAAAGCGUGUGCAGAAGCCGGAUCAUUGAGUAUUAUGACGGCAUAUUCUAGCUUUGAUGGUGUUCCUGUUGUCUCGGAUGCUCACAUUUUGAAGGAUAUACUUCGUGAUGAAUGGAAUUAUCCUUACUGGGUGACUUGCGACGCUGGCUCGAUUGAUUUGCAGAUCACUGAGCAUGCAACCUGCGAUACUCGAGAGUGCGCUGCACGGGAGGCGCUUGUAAAUGGUGUUCAGGGCGAGAUGGGUGGCGGAUCGUACACUUAUCUCACUCUCCCUGAUCAGGUAGCAGCAGGAACGGUCAAGGAGUCAGACAUCGAUGCUGUCGUUGUGACGAUGCUGCGUACUAAGUUUGCUCUUGGACUUUUUGAAAAUCCCUACCCAUACGCAGAUUAUAAUAGAACACUACGGACGCAAGGAACUCGUGAGAUCCUUCAUCAAAUGGAGCAAGAAGCAAUAGUCUUGCUCGAGAACCACGAUAACACCCUUCCUCUCAGUACGAACGGAGUUUCGAAGGUCGCAGUAAUCGGGCCACAAGGAAAUCGUGUGUCGUUCGGUGACUACGUCUUCUUCAACGCGUCCAAUAAUGGCAUUUCUCCUCUCGAUGGUAUCAAGUCGUUCCUUGCAAACAAAUCUUCAUCAAUCUCAGUCUCCUUUGCACAAGGCUGCGAGCUAUGGUCAUCCGACACUUCUGGGAUUCCUGCUGCAGUUGACACAGCAACUGACGCAGAUGCAGCAAUUAUAUUCGUUGGAACGUGGAGUCUCGACCAGACGCUACUGUGGACACCUGGAACGAAUGCUACUACCGGUGAGCAUGUCGAUUUGAGUUACCUCGGGCUCGUCGGCGCACAACGUGAGUUGGUGCAAAGUGUUGUCGGUGCAAUGGAACAGCGUGGGAAAAAGAGUAUCGUGGUGUUUGUGAGUGGCAAACCACUCACAGAGGAUUGGAUACAGGCACAUGCUGGUGCCGUUGUACAGCAGUUCUAUCCCGGAGAACUCGGUGGCAUAGCAAUUGCGGAAGUGCUCUUCGGAGAAUUUAACCCAUCUGGUAAACUCCCUGUCUCUUUCCCUCGUGCAACAGGAACGACACCUUCGUUCUACAACUAUCUUAAGGGUGGCCGUCCAAUUGAUCCUGGCAACAUCUCCGACGACGGGACUCUUCACUUCGGGCACCAAUACGUUUUGAGCUCUCCCGUCCCUCUUUGGAGCUUUGGCCAUGGACUUAGCUACACGAACUUUACAUACUCCAACCUCCGCCUUUCAUCAUCUACGAUAGGAACUUCAGAUGAUUUCAACGUAACCGUCAAUGUACGAAACUCAGGAGCGGUGGAUGGGAAGGAAGUUGUACAGGUCUAUCUAACGGAUGUUGUUUCGUCUGUCGUCACACCGAAUCAAUUCCUUGCUGGUUUCCAGAAGGUCGACUUGCCUGCAGGAAGCGAAAAGGAGGUUACCAUUACAAUCAAGUCGGAGCAGCUAGCUGUCUGGACUCGCGAUUCUAAGUUCUCUGUCGAACCUGGGACUUUCAACAUCAGAGUCGGGACAAGCGAUACUUCAUACGGGAAUGUGACUCUGACUGUCCAAUGA